UUUUGGCUUUAAAUCUAAGCUUCUGUCUUUCAGCAAACCAAACAGUUCUUUAUUUUCAAAGCAACAGGAUACUGACUUGUCCCGUCUCAAAAAUGAGUCAAGCAAACAUAUUCAUUUUGAUGGCUGCCAUUCCUCUAAUUUUCUCACAGUCAGCGAGAGGAAAGGACUGUGUGUGUGAGCUGCAAAAUUCUGAUCCUGCUUUCCCUGAGAAUAAACUCAACAAUGUUGAGUUCACAGCUACACAAUGCACUGAGAACAUCACUUCAGAAAAGAUGACAGAGAUUGAUAGGCUGGUGUUGGGUCUACAACAUCGUAUCCGGCAGCUUCUUGAAAAUGUAUCCAUGCUGGAAAGAGAAGACAAUGGAAAUCUGUAUGCAGCCGUGUCUCUACGCAUUAUUGAAUUAGAGUUAACCGAGAUUCAAGACCUUCUGGACAAACUCAACAGAACCACUAACAAUUACCAGCAGCUGAGUGUAAAAGCUGCUACAGAGCUUCAGGAUAUGGAGGAAACAAUGUCAGAGCUGGAGAACUUUGACCAGACGCAAGUGAUGGUGAAACAGCGAGAGAACCAGCGUAUUAAGAGGGAUCUGAACCGGUGCAAAGAAGACCUCAACAGUACAUCACCAUCCCCCACACUUAUAUCAGGUCACUGUGGUCUGGGCCGCAUGGUCAAUGUAUCGGGACCAAAAACGUAUUCCCUCACAGUGUAUGGAACGUCCUACUCUUUUGGUGCUUGGGGUCGAGAUGCAAAUCCUGGUCCAGGAGACGAGAACAAGUACUGGCUGGUGGUGCUGUCAAGUAGUAAUGCAUAUGGCCACUUUAUCCGCCAGUAUAAUAGUUUAAGUACUACUAUAUUAGGUAUAGUACCAACAGAUACAUACAUAUCAAGCUCCAACCCCACAACAAACACAAUUCAGGGGUCAAACAUGGUCGUGUACGCCAAUGCUCUCUACUAUAACUGUUACAACACGUAUUCUGUCUGUCAGUUCAACAUGACGACUCGUGCUGUCAGUACAGUGGCUUUACCGAGUGAUACAGGUUACAAUAACAAGUUUCCAUUCGCACACCUCGGCACGACAUACAGCUAUACUGAUAUGGAUUUUACCACAGAUGAAUCAGGUGUCUAUGUCAUAUAUGCAACCACAAGCAACUUCGGAAAUGUAAUCAUCACUAAAGUCGAGACUAGUAACCCACCGGUUUUGGGCCAAACGUGGACCACUUCCCUUCACAAAAAGACUGCCACAAACACCUUCAUGGUGUGCGGUGUGCUUUAUGCGACUCGUUACCUGGAUAAAGAAAUAGAAGAGAUCUUUUAUUCUUAUGACACCAAAACCAACGAAGAGCGAUAUGAUUUGAAAAUAAAUAUCAAGAAGAUGCAGACUAAUAUUAAGUAUAUGAAUUAUGACCCUAGAGAUCAUCUGCUGUAUGUCUACAGUGAUGCCUACAUUGUGACAUAUGAAAUCAUGUUCACUUAACUUGAUCAAUGUCUUUUAUUCAUCAAUAAUUUUACAUACUUUAUGUUUUUAAAUGCAUAAUCAUUUGCUUAUUAUACAUUUUGGUUACUAAAAUAAAAUAUGAGUGGAAA